AUGAAUGUGUACUACGCCCAUGAAAAACUAAAUAGAGAACCUGGAAUAUCAAGUGAUUGCGAUACAAUGGCUGAACUUGCUGCAUUAUUGCGUUCCGAUAUUCCAGAAGGGCGAAGCAGUCUCUCAGAAAACCACACAAAUUUGCAAAGAGUAGCUGAGUAUUGUGAAGCGAACUAUUUUCAAAAUGAUAACAAGCGAUUAGCGUUAGAAGAGACAAAGAAUUACACUACACAGUCUUUAGCAAGUGUAGCUUAUCAAAUAAAUACUCUGGCUUAUAAUUUCUUGCAAUUGCUUGAUUUACAGACUACUCAGCUGGCUGAGAUGGAGAGUCAGAUGAACCAUAUAUCGCAGACUGUUAUGAUACAUAAGGAGAAAGUAGCUAGAAGGGAAAUUGGAGUUUUGACUGCUAAUAAGAGUACCAAUAGGCAAUAUAAAAUAAUUGCUCCCGCAAAUCCUGAAAAACCUAUUAAGUAUUUAAGGAAACCCAUAGAUUAUACAAUUUUUGAUGAUAUUGGCCAUGGGAUAAGAACUGGAGGCACACCCAGACAGAAGCAAAGAGGUUCUAGCCAAGGAAGUAUUCAUUCAUUAAAUUCAAUGCCUGGAAACCCAAUGGUUGGUCCUGCUCCCACAACUAAGCCACCUACUCCACCGCAAGUAUCAAGAACUUCUAGUAAAGUGUCAGUAGUGUCUGGAGGAACAUUAAGUAAAGGAAGUCGGGAAUAUAGAACACCACCAGCUGUAGCGCCACCACAGGUACCUAGCCAUUACGCUCCGAAUUAUCCCAUUGGCCAUCCACGCCGUGCCAGUGAAAGAGGUUCAGGUUAUGGCACAUUACCUAUGACGGGAGCUCAUCAGCCACAAGUAGGCAUGGUACAUCCUAUGACACAACAGCAACAGAUAGUACAACCUCAAACUCCGCCCCCACCUCCUCCUCCUGUUUCUGGUGGAUAUAUGCAAGAACAGCAUUUGAGUAUGCCACCUCCUCCGUCCCCACUGAUCAACACCCAAGAAAUGGUGCUGUCUUCAAACCAACAGCAUCCGAUGAUGAUGGGCGGACACCAUGUUCCCGUUCCACAAGGUAGUCUCGGUAUGCAUACGUUAUCCCACGCACAAGGGCAUCGUAUCUCCCAACAGUUAGCACAAAACUUCGGGCGACAGAACAGCGGCGCACAAUCACCUCCACUUCCACCGCCGCCUCCACCAGAAGAUGAGCACGAAUCGUUCGGAAGGCCACGCACUUCUGGCGUGAUGCCGAUCGUACCUGAUGAGGAGGAUUUGCCUGGAUGGGUACCGAAGAAUUAUAUUGAAAAAGUUGUGGCCAUAUACGACUAUUAUGCAGAUAAGGACGACGAGCUGAGUUUCCAAGAGAGCGCAGUCAUCUACGUCUUGAAGAAAAACGACGAUGGAUGGUGGGAAGGAGUUAUGGAGGGCAUAACAGGACUCUUUCCGGGAAAUUACGUGGAACCGUGCGUUUAGACUGCUAAUACGCUUCUUUUGUAAUAGACAAUAUGUGUAAUUUUUGUAGGUAUAUACAUUUAUAAGCCAAUUUUUAUCUGCCUUAUUAUAAUUUUCUUUCAU